CAGGAAGGACCUGCUGCUCCCCGAGACUUGAGUUUGAUAUCAAGAACACAAUGUCCAUCGAAAAACGGAAGAGGUCCGAGCAGCAGGAGACACCGACACUACCCCAUGUGGCCGCAAUCGGCCCAAUAUGCGAGUCCAUUCGUGAAGAGGCCAGGGCCGACAAGAAGCGAAGACUGGAGGAUGAAAGCAAAGCAACAGAACCCAACGCUACGGUGACCAUCCAAGCCGGCCUAUCGAACGUAGCAGCCGUCCGGUUCAUGGAGCUCCUAGAGACGCAGCGCAAAGCCUUGUCUCAUACCGCCCAGCGGAAGCAGGCAACCCAGGAGGCGAAGCAUAGCAUGGACAAACUGAACCUGGAACUGCAGAACUUGCUGUAUGAGAUACGCCACUUUGAACAGUCAAUCGCUGACUGCAAGAAGCUUGAGACAAACUAUCAGAACAUCGAGCUCGUCUCAGAAGCCGAAAUUUCGCUCGACGCAGCCACCGACACCGAUUCCCACGACAUCAUGCUGAAGCGGCUCAACUACGAACUCGAGGAGCGGAUCCGGCUCGUCGAGGAGGAGAAGGCGCUCGAGGUGGAGCUUGCGCGUGCUCAAAUCGGGUUAUCGAAGGAGACGGCAGAGUUGGAGGCGCUGGAUAAGGAGUUGAUGGAGGCGUUAAAGGCCACACUCCCGCUCCAGAAACGUCUCAACAUCGAAACCACCGCCAAACGCGCCACCGCGUCUCAAGCCAACCUCCUCCCAGAACCGCUCUACGUGCUGUACAAGCACGCCCUCGGGUACAUGGCAACAGCCGAAAACGAACUUAGCGUGGAGAUCAAAGGCGAUAUCGACCUCGCUGCUACAAUGCGGAUGGAGUCCAAAACCUCCUCAGAAACGAAGGAAAAGGAAAUCAACGAGGCAGCUGUACCAGCCGUGGACCGCAGCGCUUCAGCAGACGACAUGGACAUCGACAUCGACCAACACGCGCGAGAUCAGACCAAAGAUAAAGGCCACGCUGACCGGUCUGCGACGUAUUACAGUAAACACCCAUUGGAGAUCGUUAUGACCAUCUAUUCUCCUCCAGCUAGCACCCCAAUCCCAAUAGCGAUUCUAAAAUUCAGCUACCUCACCAACCUCCAAAUCGUCGUCGUCGCCGCCGAACCGGCCAAACCUUGGCCGCACAUCCCCUCCCACAUGCUGACGUCGUGUCUGUGGCCGGAAGAUACGGGGUUGGUGUCACCUAACCCUGCUAAUGCGUUUUUGGGUGGCGACGCCCAACCCUUCCAUUUCUCCCCCUCGCUCGCCGGCGGGUACGCCUACAUCUGGACGCAAGCACUCUGUGGAUUCUCGUACCCGGGCGCCUUGGGCACGUUUCGGUACUAUUUUACCAGAUUGCCGGAGAUGGUGCGAUAUAGGGUUGGCGUUUUGGAGGCGUUGAGUGGGCAGGUUGGGGGGAUUGUUGAGGGGGAGAAGGGGCAGGGGGUUAGGUGGAGGGUUGGGGAUGCCAAAAACGCGACGUUUGAACUCCUAUCGGCUGCAGGAGACGACGAACCCCUCGCAGAAGUCACGCUCUCAACUCCUCCACCAUCGACCGCGGCCGCGGGCGCGACUCCGCCGGAGGUCAAGCUGGUUGUGCGGGAACGCGAGGGGGCGGUAGACCGCGUUUGAGGAAAGGGCAUCCGCAUCCACGUACAAUCUUUAGGGGUACUUUCACGUUCUCCCUACUUCACAAGCGUCCGUCAUAUAUACACGCACCAUUGUUCACGAACAGCGAAGUAACACUUUGGGGAUGACGCCGCACAACGGGGGGGAUGCAUGUGGGCAUGUAUCCAUACAGCGGUAAUAGAGAUCAAAAUGUUGUUCGUGUGUGGCUACAUGUGUUGCCACACUUGUCAUCUCGGGCUAUAUCUAUGCUUGCGUGUCAUGUACUGUACAUACAUACAAGGCUGGCCACGGCGGCGUUGCCGCCUCCAGAAAAGACUCUAGAUCCGUGGGCUGUUUAUUGGCUGUUACUCG